AUCAUGAUUAAUUCCAUCAUAACUUAUUUGAGACGAUCAAAGGGUAAGAGAAGGAAAAAGAGAAGUAAAGCAAAACUGAGGGCACCUCUGAUGAUUAUCAGGUCAUUUUGUGGUGCAAACUAGCAGAAGUUUCUCCUCAAAAGACCCAAGUGGCGCAGCCAUCGCCGAGAGAAACAAAACCUCGCCUAUCAUCUUCCUGGCACAUCAAUCCGUAGGCAGACAGACCUAAAGGAAAUUUCUGGGUAACGAUGGCGUCCAAGAUUCAACAACUGCAAUCUCAGGCAUGCCAAGCUUCAAAAUUUGUUGCCAAGCAUGGUACUGCCUACUACAAACAGUUGCUGGAGCAGAACAAGCAGUACAUUGUUGAGCCACCCUCUGUUGAAAAGUGCAACGAACUGUCCAAACAGUUACUCUACACUCGUCUUGCCAGCAUUCCCGGCCGUUAUGAGGCAUUUUGGAUGGAACUUGAUUUGGUCAAGCAAAUGUGGAAGAAUAGGAAGGAGUUGAAGGUUGAAGAUGCUGGAAUUGCUGCUUUGUUUGGUUUGGAGUGUUUUGCAUGGUAUUGUGCUGGUGAGAUAGUAGGAAGAGGGUUUACAUUUACUGGUUACUAUCCUUGAAAUAUCAGUUCUAAUGAAAUGAAUUGGGCAAAUUGACCGCUUGUAAGGGCUCCCUCGCUAUAAGGAUGAUUUGAGUGACAGGAAAUCCAUACAAGAUUUUGUUCCCCAAAACAGUUACUGAAGCUGCAAAGUCAGCAUUUACAAUUAUGCCGCCAAUAAUCUGCCCAUUCUGUCUUCUUUUUCGCACUUCAGUGAGAAGUGGCUUAGCUUGAACUUUGUAAUACUGAGUUUAAAUUUGCUCAAAGUUUACUGCUACCUGUUA